AUGGGUCCCAAAAAGGGUGUUAAAGCUCCAGUUGCAGCUUCCAAGAAGAAGCCAAGCGCGAUCGAUGAGUUGAAGAAGCGUCAAAUGGUGCUGGAGACAGAAUCUGCAAGAAUCAGUGGUGAGUUGAAGUUAAAGUUAGGUCCUAUUUAUGAAUAUGAAGAGCCUUCCAUAGCUGAAUUGAGAAUUGAGUGUUAUCAUCUUUAUGAAAAGGAUUGUAGAUUUAGGGGGAUACCUUUCAUCCCUAAACUUGAUGAGAUGGAAUGUGAGAAUUUGGUGGUUGUGUUUGGUGGCACUGCGAAGGAACGUCACUUGAUUAAGUUCUUGAAUGAUCCUGUUAGGAAAGAGCUCAUUGAAACUUACUUUAAUGGCAUACUGUUUAAGGGGUAA